CCGGCGCGGUGCGCGCGGGGCUCGGCUGGGCGCGGAGCGGGGGAAGAUGGAAGGAGCGUCCUUCGGAGCGGGCCGGGCGGGGGGGGCCAUCGACCCCGUGGAUUUCCUCAAGCAGCCGCAGACCCUGCUCCGGGUCACCACCUGGAUCUUCUCCAUCGUGGUGUUCGGCUCCAUCGUCAACGAGUGCUACGUGAACAAGGACAGCCACGACCCCGAGCUGCUCUGCAUCUUCAACGAGAAUGAGAGUGCCUGCAGCUACGGCAUCGCCGUGGGCCUCAUCGCCUUCUUCGGCUGCAUCUUCUUCUUCGUGGUGGACCUGUACUUCCAGCAGAUCAGCAGCGUCAAGGACCGCAAACGCGCCGUGCUGCUGGACCUGGGCUUCUCAGGUUUCCUGGCCUUCCUGUGGUUUGUGGCCUUCUGCUUCCUGGCAAACCAGUGGCAGAGGACGACGCUGACCCGCGGCUUCUCGCAGGGCGCCGACGCGGCGCGGGCAGCCAUCACCUUCUCCUUCUUCUCCAUCAUCAUCUGGGUGGUGCUGGCGCUGCGGGCGCUGCAGCGGUACCGCCUGGGCACGGACAUGUCCCUGUUCGCCACCGAGCAGCUCGGCACCGACCCCAGCGCGCCCUACCCCGGCUACCCCGGCGGCAGCAGCGGCGUGGAGAGCACGGAGACCUACCAGAGCCCCCCGUUCACCGAGACCUUAGAGCCCAACCCCAAAGGUUACCAAGUGCCAGCGUACUGAGAGGCUGCGGCGGUGCCACCCCCGCCCUGUCCCCGCUGUCUCCAGCCCCGACCCCUCAGUCAGUGCCGGGUCCCUUUAUUAGCUCGUUGUGCAGUGAAUUCUGUACAGUGGUAUUGGUUCUUGUCUUACCUGUCCCCGGGUUUCUAAAAGCAGUGUUCCCUCUAAGCCAGCAGGAAGGAAGGUUGGUGCCGCAUCACCUACAGGUGGGGAGGAGGAGGAGGAGGAGGAGGAGGAGGAGGAGAUGCCCCCUCCGAGCUCUGCUGGGAGAGCCCAGGACGCCUUUUCCUCCUAGCAAACAGCAGCUGAGGAGUUCUUAUCUCGUUCUUCCAGAGCUAACACAGAAUCCACCGAGGGUGGGUGGGCAGUGGGGAGAGCUGGCCCUGGCUGCUCCCACUGCAGGUUCCAGGAAAGUGCCAAAUUCACAGGGAAAUCAGUGGGGUCUGUGUUGUUUUCCUUUGUAUAUACUUGCUGUACAAAACAAACAUCCAAACAGGUGUUUCCAAACUUGGUUUAGAGGCUCAGGGGGCACAGCAGGCCGGGGUUGGGGUCAGUAUCCAGAGUGCUUCUAUGCUUCAGCGGGUUCUGGUUGAGGAUUUAAAAAGUUGCUGUUUGAAAUGGAAACCAGCAGGAGCUGGUUGCUAACUGGGAAUAGCCUGAGAUCAGUGGGGAUGUGUCACUUUGUGGUUCUGUUUCCUCGUGGGGAGUGGGAAAUGUGUAAAUUCCUAAGGAAUUUUUGGCUGGCAGCGCUGACACGUCCUCACCCUGGGGAGGUGAGGGCCGAGGUGAGGGCUCAGACUCGACAUCCAAGGCCAUUAGGAGCAAUACUGCACUUGUGUUUUUAUCCUGGGAGCAGCCUCCGUCUGUCAGCUGCAGCAGAACCCGGGUGGGGACGCGUGUGCCACCCUGCAGCCUCCAGGAAUGAGGGAUUCAGGCAGGGAGCUGGGAAGGUCCACAGGCCACCGGAGUGUGGGGUCACACCCGAGUUGGGAGCUGGUGUGGGAAGGGUCAGUGAAAAGCACCCGGGAAGGAGGCUCAGGCUGGGCUUCAGCUGCACGGAACAGAGGAAAGGACAGAAUGUAAAACCCAGCAGGUCCCUGCCAGCCUGCCAGCCUUCCCUGCCCGUGUGGCAGCUGGUCCAGGCUGUGGCACCGAGGGUGGCACUGAGGGCUGAGCAGAAACUGGAGUUCCCAGCCCUGGGUGGCAGCUCCAUCCCUGGAGGCUCCAGUGCCUUGUGGCCCCGUGAGGAGCAAUAGCCACCACCUGUCCCCUCCCUGUCACAGGCCCUGGUCGCCCUGGCCACAGCUCAUCCUGCUGCAGAUCAGUGUGCUAAUUAACGAGCAGCAGAGAAAUGCACUAACGAAGCAGCCGAUAUCCCCAGGUCACUGCCAGAGCGUUCCUUGCCUUGGCUCCAGGUCCUGGCUGUGCCCAGCCCCUCACAGGGGCCUGACCACGGCCCAGUGCAGGGUCAGCCUCAAGGGAUUCCGGGAUCUUGGUGGUUUUGUGGAGUCGGUUUUGCUGGGAAAGAAAAAAAAAACCCCGAGGAUUUUAAUACAGGGUAGGGUGGAACUGUAGCAAUAUUUUCCUUAGAGGGAACACUGAAACUUUAGCAGCACAAACAGUACUUGUGUUAAUAUUUUAGCGAAAUUAUAAUCAAUUUAAAUGUUUAAAUUGAUUGUACGUGAGAUAAUGUUCGUUGGGUACAGUGUAUUUUUUCUAACUAUAAUAUAACUGUUCCAGAGUUUCCGUGUAACCGUGAAGAGCUAAAGCUGUGUCUGCCUGUGGGACACGUCCUGCCCCGCGUGCCCCCGCUCAAUAUUACACGCUCUGAAUGUCC